AUGUUUGGAAAAUCUUUGACUGUUGUUGCUAUUUCCUGUUUGGCUAUUGUCCAAAAGGCUUCUGCUGAAAGUUUGGCUUCGUUAUAUCAUCAGUGUGGUGGAUCAUAUUGGAGUGGCCCAACUGCAUGUGUUGCUGGAGCCACUUGUGUAUCACAGAACCAAUUCUAUUAUCAAUGUGUUGCUACUACGGAUGCUGGAGACUCUUCUGCUGUUGCCACAGAAGCGGACACUACUACUCUUGUUAGCACUUCCUCAACUACUGCCGUGACUUACACUUCAGAAACCAGCUUGCAUUCUCACGCAUCUGCUACUACUAUUGUUGUGAAGCCUUCUUCUUCUUCUUCUUCUUCUUCUAGUAUCGCUUCCACUGAAACCUCAGUUUCCCUUAGUCUUAUUUCCAACGGUUUUUCUGGUUCUUUUGAGUCUACUCGUUAUUACGAUUGCUGCAAGCCAUCAUUUUCCUGGCCAGAAUAUACCAACGUCGUGACACAUCCAGUCUACUCUUGUGAUGCUGAGGGUAACAAGUUGACUGACACUAAUAUCCAAUCCGGUUGUGUCACCUCUUCUGGGGAACAAAGUGCUUAUUAUUGUAAUGAUCAAGUCGGUACUGCUGUCAAUGACACCUUUUCCUACGGGUUUGUCGCUGCUUACGUUCCUGAUGCCACCAUGGAUGAAUUGGCUUGUUCCUGCCUCGAAUUAACUUUUGAUGUUGAUGAACUUUCUGAUAAAACAUUCGUUGUUCAAAUUACUAAUACUGGAACUGACUUGACCGAUCCCGAGGCUCAUUUCGACAUUUUGAUGCCAGGUGGUGGGAUGGGUUACUACACCAAUGGUUGUCCAUCAGAAUUUGGUUCCGGAUACAGUUGGGGGCAACAGUACGGGGGUAUUUCCUCCGAAUCUGAAUGUUCUGGUCUCCCUACUGCCAUCCAAAACGCUUGUAAAUGGCAAUGGACUUGGUUUGAAGGGGUCUCCAACCCUUCAGGUACUUAUAAACAGGUUGCCUGUCCUGCAGAAAUUGUUGCCAUCAGUGGUUGUCAAAGAUUGGAUGAAGUGAACUAA